AUGCUCAAGAGGACCAGUGGAGAAGUUAUUAGAAGGAUGUCUAGUGUAAGUGGAUUAGUGUAUGAUGCUGCAAGAAAGGAUGAGUUGAUUGCGUCCUAUCAGGGAAUGAAGGACCAGAUAAACCAUGCGGCCAAAGAGUUUGGAAGAGAAGGUGUAGAACUUUUAGCGGUUUCUAAAUUGAAACCUGCGAGUGAUAUAAAGAUCUUGUACGACUACGGAGUGAGACAUUUUGGGGAGAACUACGUGCAAGAGCUUAUUACGAAGAGUGAGAUUUUACCUAAAGAUAUCCAAUGGCACUUUAUUGGUGGUCUACAGAGCAAUAAAUGCAAGGAUAUGGCGAAGGUUCCCAACCUCUAUGCGGUCGAGACGAUCGAUUCGUUGAAGAAGGCCAAGAAGUUGGAGGAGGCCAGGGCGAAAUGGAACGGUGAGAGCGGAGUGGUCACGUGCUUUAUUCAAAUUAAUACGUCACAAGAGGAGCAAAAAGCGGGCUUAACCGAGGAGCAGGAAGUGUAUUCGAUCGUCGAGUUCUUUUUGAAAGAAGCCAAGCACGUCUCCCUGGCAGGGUUGAUGACUAUUGGGUCAUGGGACGUUUCUCAUGCAGAAGGGGAGGAAAACCAGGACUUCGCCAAGCUAGUGGAUUGGAAAAAUAAGCUUGACGGCAAAUAUAACUUGAACUUGAAGUUGUCCAUGGGUAUGAGCUCGGACUUCAAGCAAGCCAUAAAACAAGGGACAUCAGAAGUGAGGAUUGGUACUGAUAUCUUCGGGUCUAGGCCUCCUAAAAAUGAAGCCACUAUUUGA